AUGCUUUAUUUUAAGAGCAAUAAGAAACGAGACAGCAAUCAAACAUGGAUGAAUAUCAAAAAAAGCAAACAAUGGCUGAAAGAUAAUAACUUAGUACUUACAAGAGCCGACAAAUCAAAGGAUGUAGUAAUCAUGAAAAGAAAUACAUAUGAUGAACUGUUGCUGAAAUACAUAAAUGAAACAAAAUGUAUUACUGCGCACCCACGUGCUUUGGAGAGACUGCAAACAAGAAUCAAGCAAUUCGCUAAAACACCACUUGCAAAAGAGCUGGGUAUGACGAAAAUAGUAGUCACCUCUCCAUCCAUGCCGAGACUCUUCGGAUUUGCUAAGACGCAUAAAAUCGGAAAAAGUAUUAGGCCAGUCGUAGAUAAAGGAGAUUCACCUACAAUAAUAUUGGAAAGAUUACUUAAAGGCUUUAUUAACACGCACUUGCCCACGCACAAUUACAGCAUAAAAAAUCCUCUAGAGCUGCUCCAUAAAUUGAAAACUAUAAAACCACAAGAAGUAAGUUAUAUGACAGUAUUGGAUUUUAAAGCGUUAUAUCCAUCCAUUAAACUAGAGCCUUGUUUUUGCCACUUAAGAGAUUUCUUGUUAAACAAAAUCAAAAAUACAGAAAAGAAGAGAAAACAGAUACUAGAGCUGACGCAUCUAACCACAUAUUCGUCGAUAUUUAACUUCAAAGGAGUCACAUAUGCGCAGCAGAAAGGUGUAGCAAUGGGAAGCCCAAUAGCAGGUACGCUAUGUGAAAUGGUUUUAAGAACAUUAGAGAACAACAUCAUACCAAAAUAUGGAAUGCAAAUCGUAUUAUAUGCUCGGUAUGUCGACGACGUGCUUAUCAUAUGGAAAGCAAAACCAAUACUACAGCAAUUUAUAAAAGACAUCAAUGACAACAAUUUUGGCCUAGAGAUUGAGCUGGAACAAGAAAAUGAUAAAAUUAUACAUUUUCUGGAUUUAUCAUUACAAAUAGAUAAAGGGGAUAUAACUACAAAGGUGUACAGAAAGCCUACAUAUAACCCAUUAUUUAUUCCCUGGAAUUCUCACGACCCAGCAACCUAUAAACUUGCAGCUUUCAGGGCGCUCAUAGCAAGAGCGCACUCGCACUGUAGCAAAAGGCAAGAUAGAAAUGAAGAGAUGCAAUAUAUAAAAAAGCUAGCAAGGCAGUUUGGGGUUAACAUUAAGGCUAUAACCAACAAAACAAAAACAGGCAGCAACGAGCUCAAUCUAAGAAAUAAAAGGGAAGAGUAUACGAUGAUGGAGUACAGGGCGCAGUUAAACAAUAUAUACAAAAGAAUAGGAGCAGCAACAAAAAAGAAAAUAAUUUACAAAAGGAAUCCAACAGUUUACCAAAUGUUAAGAACAGACAAAGACGAGGUAGACGGAAACCUUCUUCCCGGAGUAUACAGAGUUCCAAUAACAGAUAAAAGGCGACAGAAAGAGCUGUUUUACAUUGGAGCUACAGGGAGAUCGCUCAAAGAAAGAAUGAUAGAGCACAAACGAAACAUACGAAAUGAGCAGCCAGUCACAGCGCUAGCGACAUACAUCCUAGCAGACCCUACAGAAGUUAAAGCAGAGUGGGAUAAGGCAAAGUUAGUACAAAAAAUUCACGACAAAAGGCAUCUCAAAUACGCAGAGGCGUGGCAUAUUUGUAAAAAUAGUCAAGAAGGACAAGCAAUUAACUUUAGAGAAGCAAGUAAAAUAUCGGAAGCAUGGAGAUCGAGCUUAAUAUAA